AUGGCGAACACUGAGCAGGAGACGCUAAUAUAUCCAUUUGAAGAACCAACCACCAACAAUUAUUCUCUUAUUUGGUUUGCUAAUGAAAUCAAUACUGAUGAAUAUAAUUACACUCAAGGAAAACUGGAACUGUUUAUCGAUUAUUUUCAUAUAUUUAAUGAAUCGGAUCCAUGUAAAAAACAUAUUCAAUCAAUGUCAACAGCUGGCACUCGAAUCAUUUUUAUUACUAAUGAACAUUUCGGUGAACAAUUUAUCUCUCAAAUACAUCAAUUUCGACAAAUUUCUAUUAUUUAUAUCUAUUGUACGAAUCCAGAAUAUCAAGAAAAUUGGACUAAACAAUACAGAAAAGUAAGAAGUAUCGAAUACCAAUUAGAUGCUCUGAUCGAUCGUAUUAAAAUCGAUCGAACACGGCGCAGAGAAUAUGAUAAAGAUGAAUCAUUAUUAAUGAAUUUUUUUCAUGAUGAUCGAAAUAACGAAAAAUCAACUAUGGAACUCAAUGGUGAAUUUAUUCAAACACAAUUACUUAUCGAUUGUCUAGAUCGAACGGAAACCACUGAUCGUGAUAAAGAUAAACUUACUAUCCUAUGUAAAAAGAUCUACAACGAAAAUAAAUAUCAACAAGCAAUUAUUGAUGAAUUUCAAAAUACAUAUUUAUCUAAUCAAGCAAUUCGUUGGUACACAAGAGAUUCAUUUCUUUAUCGUCUAUUAAAUAAAGCACUUCGAAUGCAAAAUACUAAUUUCUUAUUUCUCUUUAGUUUCUUUAUUCGUGAUAUUACAAAACAAUUACGAGAUCAUCAAUAUCCAUCGGCAAUCAUUCUCUAUCGAGGUCAAAUAAUAUCAAAAAAAGAACUGAAAUUAUUUGAAGAAUCGAAUAGAAAAUUCCUUUCGGUAACUUCAUUUUUUUCGACUACGCUCGAUCCAACUGUCGCUCUCAGUUACAUUGAUUCCGAACUCAUCGAUGAUGAUUUACAAAGUGUACUAUUUGAAAUUCAUGCUGAUCCAUCGGAAAAUCAAUCGAAACCAUUUGCUGAAAUUACAUCAAUCAGUUAUUAUCCUGAUGAAAAAGAAGUAUUAAUGAUGUUAGGUUCAGUUUUUCGAAUCGAUAGUGUCGAGUAUUUAACUGAAACAAUCAAAGUUAUUCGAAUGACACUUUGUAAUCAUAAUAAUCAAAAUUUAAAUUUAGUUUUCGAUUAUAUGAGAAAAGAACGUGGUGUUGGAACAGUUCGAUUGGCUCUUUUCGGUCGUGUACUUAUUGAUAUGGCAAAAUUUCAAAUAGCAGAAAAUCUUUUCAAAUGUUUACUGAAAACUUUACCAGUUGAUCAUCCAGAUCUACCUGAUUGUUAUCAAGCAUUAGGAAAAAUCUAUUGUGAAAAAUGUGAUUUCGAUCGUAGUUUUCAAUGUUUUCAAAUUGCAUUUGAUCUUCUCCGACGAAAAUCAAAUGAUAAUAGUUUUCGUAUUGCUUAUGUUCAUAAUAGUAUUGGUGAAUUGUAUCAGAAGAAAGUGAAUACGAGUGAAGCAUUAAAAUCAUUUCAACAAGCGUUGAAAAUCUUUCAUGAAUUACUUGGUGAUAAUAAUGAAAAUGUUGCUUGGUGUUAUAAUAAUAUCGGUAUUGUUUAUUUUAUGGAAAAGAAAUAUCCAGAAGCACUUGCUUAUCUCAAAAAAGCCUUAGAUUUGAAAAAAUAUUUACUUCCAGAAAAACAUCCUUGUCUUGGAAAUACAUAUAUUAAUCUUGGUAAUGUUUAUUGUGAACAAGGUGAUUAUGAUUUAGCAACAAAAUAUUAUCAAGAAUCAUAUGAGAUUUUUCAAACUUCUCUUAGUUCACAACAUCCUUCUAUUGCUAGAGCACUGAGGAAUAUUGGUUUCGCAAAAGAAUUGAAAGGUGAUUUUAUCAAGGCAUCAAUCUUUUAUAAUCAAGCAUUGGAUCUUCGUCAACAAAUUUUAUCAGCUACUCAUGCUGAUAUACUAGAAAGGAAACAAGAUAUACAACGUGUUUUGUCAAAAAUAUAA